GGAGAGGUAAGCCACAACCAAGUAUCCAGCUAGACUGGCUGAUAAGCUUUGGUUCAAUGAUCUAGGAGAGGUGAAUGAUGGACCAUUAUGUCGAUGUAGUAAGAAAGCCAGACAAGUUGGCAUACGACACAACAUCUAUCCGGGUGAGAAGCCUAUUCCACCAUGUGAUCCAUACUCCAACAAUGCUGGCAAGCUGUAUCAUUAUCGUAUUACAAUGGCACCGAGUACAAACUUCCUGACUCAUCAACCCACUGUUAUUGAGUAUGAUGAUAGGGAAUACAUCUUUGAAGGAUUCUCGCUCUUUUCACAUUGCAAGUUAGACAACAUCCCUCCUUGUAAGGUGGUACGUUUCAACAUUGAAUAUUCCAUCAUAUUCAUGGAAGAGCCCAUGCCUGAGAAUUUUUCAGUGAAAGGACUGGACCUGUUUGGUGACUUUUUGUUCUUUGAGAUCUUGGAACUCUACGAUUUUGAGCUCGUCAGUAAAGUUGGUGGCUGUCGUUUCUUCCACUUCAUGCCACGGUUUGCCCGGCAACUACCAAGUAAUGGCAAGGAGAUUUUAUCCAUGCAUCAUGUAAUCCAACACCUGUUACAGAUGAGUCGACCUGUCGUUGAAGCCAAAGAUUUGAAUUAUUGGUUGGAAUGUAAUCAGUUAACUUGGGAACGGUAUGCAGAGGAGUUGAAAGGAAUGAUCGUGACUUGUCCUGGAAAGAAGCCUAGCUCAGUCCGUGUUGAUCAGGUAGACAGGGAAGUUGAACAGAAACCUGACGACACAAAGGACAUCAAGGACAAGUAUCCAACAAUUGUACAUUUUGGACUGCGACCGGCUCAGCUCAGCUAUGCUGGCAAUAAAGAUUAUCAGAACCUGUUUAAAUCCUACUUGAAGAUGAAUCAUCUGCUAGCUAAUAAACCAAAAGUCAGCCUUCAGGAUCGACAGAAGCUAGCUGAGAAAGAGAAGAAGUUACAGAGGAUGCGCUUACAAGGUCACAUGACACGUGAAGUCACAGCGGAGAUCUGCUGCAAGGAUAUGCUGAUGACAGGAAUAGGCUCCGAUGUUUGCCAGCAUGCAAUGAUGCUACCAGUGCUGGUCAACCACAUCCGAUAUUUCAACUGCUUGUACAACAUUGAUGACAUUAUUGGCUACAAAUUCAAGGAUAGAGUCUUAUUAAAGCAUGCUAUGACACAUCCAUCAUACCGCCUCACUUACGGCAUGAAUCCAGAUCAUGUCCGUAACUCACUGUAUAACUGUGGCAUCCGGCAACCUGACUAUGGAGAUAAGAAGAAACAGGUGGAGAGAUCAAGGAAAAAAGGUAUCAAUACAUUGAUCAAGAUCAUGUCUGAGAUGGCUACUCCUGAAGAGCUUUCAUCCCACAUACAUCACUAUGAGAGACUAGAAUUCCUGGGUGACGCUGUGGUAGAAUUCGUCACAAGUACUCAUUUGUAUUAUCUGUUUCCACAUCUGGAGGAGGGAGGAUUAGCGACUUACCGACAGGCAAUAGUACAGAACCAACAUCUAGCUGUCUUAGCUAAGAAAUUGGAGUUGGAACGUUUCCUGUUGUAUGCUCAUGGACCUGACCUGUGUCGUAGCUCAGACUUAAAACACGCUCUAGCUAACUGCUUAGAGGCUCUCAUGGGGGCACUCUACCUGGAAGGAGGAAUACCAGUGGUUAGGCGUAUCUUCUGUGAACUUCUAUUUGAUUUAGAGAAGUUAAGAAGAAUCUGGAUGCAGCACCCUAAACACCCAUUGCAGCUGGAGUUUCCACAAGGUGAUCGACACAUGAUUCAGUAUUCAAACAUCUUACAGAUGUUGCAGAAAUUUGAGGAAUCAACUGGAAUCAAGUUUAAGCACAUCCGUUUGCUUGCGAGAGCUUUUACACAGCGAACAAUGAGCUAUACUAACCUCACAAGAGGUCACAAUCAGAGAAUGGAAUUCUUAGGUGACACUGUGCUACAACUCAUCACCUCUAGCUACCUCUAUAAACACUUCCCUAAUCAUCAUGAGGGGCAUCUAUCUCUGCUGCGAAGUUCUCUUGUCAACAACAAGACACAGGCAACAGUAGCAUCAGACCUUGGUAUGUCAGCUUAUAUCAUUGAUGCAAAGAAUCGUACACUAGAAGAUGGUGGACCUCUACCAACAAAACUCCUUGCUGAUCUUCUUGAAGCUUUUGUUGGUGCUAUGUACGUAGAUCAGGGUAUUGAAGCAGUCACUGUUUUCUGUAAAGUUUGUUUCUUCCCAAGACUCAAGGAUUUCAUCUAUAGUCAGCACUGGAAUGAUGCUAAGUCUCAGCUUCAACAGUGCUGCUUGACAUUGAGAACAGAAGGCAAGGAACCAGACGUACCCCAGUACAAAGUCAUCAGUCAGCAUGGUCCAACCAACAACCGUGUCUAUAAUGUUGCCGUUUACUUCAGAGACAAGCGACUAGGCACGGGAUGUGCUUCAAAUACUCAAGAUGCACAGAUGGAGGCAGCAAAAGAUGCCCUUCAUAAUUAUAAUUUCCCACAACUUCACCAUCAGCGGAUGGUUGUUGAGCGGAAAUACAAGCAAGAUGGUAAGAGUAAGGAGAGAGAUUAUCAUAGAAGGAUAAGAGAUAAGAAUUGAGGAAGUUGUCAACCUUCAUCAGUCCUAUUCCAUCAACUUCAAACCUGUUGUCUACACAGAGAUUCAGAGAACACAAGAUUUAUACAAGGUAACUGUCUCAGUUUAAUUUCACUCAUUAAGAGGCUUCACACAGUUGAUAGUUGUUUGAAUGGUUGUUUCAUUCAGCAUGAAAGAUGCUUUCUUUUAAGUCUGAGAUGUACAACAGUGGGCUUGAAGCGAUAAGAAAGUCGUGUCAAGCUUUCUUCUUGUGAGAAGCAUCAGAAGGUAUUCUGUUUUUGGUCACAAAACAUUAUUCCCAUUCCAAGUCGAGAAAUUUCAAGCUGAAACCCAUAACUGAAAAUGGACUUGUAGUUGAAGAUUAUCGUGUGGAAGCAAAUUAAUCAGCAGACAACAUAUGGAAUGCUUUUCGAAUGCUUUUCUUGCUCAAUUGGAUUUUGUUUUCUUUUUUAGCAGUUUGACUUUGAUCACAUGGCACCGCAGUUAACCUGCAAAUAUUCAUUUUACUGUCUUAAGAAGCAGAAUUAUUCUUAUUUCUCGAAUCCCUGGUAGUACUCUCCUUGUUAAAAGUUGUCACUGUUUUCAAUAUUAAAAAAAUGUGGAAGACAUGAGUUAAAUUUCAUGAAAAUGUUUGGGUGCAAUCUAAUAGUCUGUGACAAAAAUAUGUGAUAAGGAUAGGUUUUCUUGUUCCUAUGAAUUCCUGCUUUUACGUUCAUAGGUUUUAUCCUGCUGAAUAAUGUAUGGAAAACUACGUAACUUGGUAAAUUACAAGGUCCAUGGGUAAAUGUAAUCCUGACGAUUUGCAAUGCUUGAGCCGUAGGCUGCUGCAUCCUUACUGGAUGUAACCCUGAUAUGCAGAUUUAGAUUUGUUUAUGCAGUCGUAAAAUGGGCACAUCCUGACUAUUAAAAACAUGUUAGGACCAUUAAGUUUUAUGUCGUUCAUCUUUGAUGUUGAGUUGAAGUUGUUCCUUCAGGUAGCUUCUAAUCAUUAACUAUGCAUGGCAGUUGUUUCUGACAGUCCAGAAAAUGAAGUAGUUGUAGAUAUCAGUGAUGUUAUAACUAUAUUUAUGUAUAAGCAUUUGAUUUCUUAGCAGUGUUCGUUUUGAUUUUUGUGUCAUGUUAUAGUUAAUAUUCUUAUACUUGUUUCAUUCGUUGUUACCAGCAUUUUCCUCUUCCUGGUUGCAUCUUAGAGAUGUUACAUAACCAGGUUUAUGAGAAAUGAGGUAAUUUUUGAUGUAACCUUCAUUCGAAUACCUGCACCGUGCAUGCAUAAUUCUUUCUGGAAAUCAUUGUCAUCGAGAUUUUUGAUGGCAUGUAUUUACAUGUCUUUUUAAGUAAACAAGAACUGAGAGAGCUUGUAUUUUUUGCAGUCAUGCGCGCAGAAUUUGUAGACACUGGGGUGCAGACAGGCUUUGUUGACCCUUGAUACAGUUGGCUAGCCACAGUUAAUUGAGCUAUUUAUUAUGCACAUGCCAGCUACCUGCUUGUGCUUGCAUAAAUAUGUUCCAGCAAGCCAGAUUCUGAUUAUUAAUGUGUUUGAAUUUCAUUGAAAUUCUCACACAGUUACAGUUGAAGUGGAAGGUAUCGUUCAAGAAUUUGAGAAGUUUAUAAAAUUGGACAAAUAAGAACCAGGUUUUUCAAUGUUGAAUAUGUUGGCGAUGAAGUAACACAGUUAUCAUCGUUAUUUUCUUGUGAAAAUACCGAAGUUAAGGUGAUUUAAGGUAUGAAAGGGGCAUAGUUUGUUAAACUAUUGGGAUUUGGUCUUACCAACAAAGAGCUUGAUUGCAAACAGGUUGAUUGCAAGAAUGUUGACCAAAAAUGGAAUCAUCUGCAAGAUAUAGAAUAUCGAACACCAGAUGAUGUGUCUGAUUGGAAAUUAAAAACAAAACACAAAUAAUGUACAUGAAGGUAUUAGCCUUUCGAACAAGGUAUGCUUUAUUCUUUCUGGUCUUUUCUUUUUAACUAGAUAAUUGCUGCUGUUGGAUUACAAGGGAAGAAUUUUGACCCGUGACAAUAUAAGAAUCACUCAGCAUCAUUAUUCUUUUUCACCUGCCUCUCUUCAAAUACAAAACUCGAAUCAAAUUUCGUUUUUAAAGGCAGCAAAAACCAACAGAAUUAGCAAUGCAGUAAAAGACAGUGUAGCGUGAGUUUUAAACAAUUUACAAAACUGGCUGAGUGUUAAAUGUACAGGGUUCCUGUGGAUGCCUUUCCCCUUAACGCGUUCCUGUAUAAUAUCUCUCCACAUGUUUGCCAAACACUGAUGCAGUUCACAGUGUGUGUAGUAUCUCGUUACCUACCAGCCAAUUUUUCAAGUAGAUGUUCAAAUCGAAAAAAUCUAAUGUUUUCGCUGAUGAUUUCAACCGAAAAUCGAAAAUUGUAAUCAGUUACAGCGUCCUUGAGAGGACGGGGGUUUUUUGAUGAAAAAAACAAAACAAACGGAAAAAAACGGGUACUUUGACGCUCAUUUCACGAGCGAUGCCAACCAAGGAACGUUGGUUUUUUGUGUGUGACUGAGUUCGGACGUUUCUUCUCAAUCGUUCAGUCAAAAGAUACACUAGACUUUCCAAAAUGUCACUUAAAUAAAAUAAUCACCAUUUUUUGUUAACGUUCCCAAGUUCUGAACUUUUAAUUCGUCUGGAGAGGACUGGAAGAUGCAAAUGCUUCAGCGAAUUUAGGAAUCAGUCAUUCCAAAUGAUCAGUGGUGGAUCCUUUUCCACAUAUGUUCAUUCAAUGUCGUCAUAUUUGAAUGUAAUUUGUUUACUCUAGUCUCUACAUAAUGUAAAGAUUGAAGUCGUCUUUUUUCGGUCUAUUUCAAGAAUGUUUGAUCAGGUUCAUAGAAUGUAUACAACCAUUUACAGACCUACUAGGCACGGUGUGUUGCAAGACGAGAAAUUGUAGGCUGAGCAACCAGUUUUAAGGACAAGAAAAGAACCGAAUCAACUGUUUCUGAAAGAUUUGAAAAUAUAAAUACAUUUUCUUUUUUUCAUGAGGACAUAAGCCUAUUUAUUUAUUCCAUGGAAUGAAAAGUCUGUUGGAAAGUAA